AUGGCCUCCAUCAUGCUGCAGUACGGUGCAGACUCGCUGAAUCUCCCUCAAGAACUCUGCGACAUGGUCAUGGAUUUCGCGUGGGACGAUAUAUCUACGCUGCGGGCUUGUAGCUCUGUUUCACGCGCAUGGCUUCCUACAUGUCGUGGGCACAUCUUUUCGUUCCUCAGACUUGGCAGCUCGGAGGCUAUCACUGCUUUCCUAGCCGUAGUCUCUUCGGGCGUGAUGGAUUCGAGCUUCAUUCCACACCUCGUCCGCGAUCUCUGUGUGGGCGAUGACGGGUGCCAUCGUUCGAUAUUACGGCUGGAGCAUCUUUCUUUGAUGGCCCAAGAAUGUUUGCCCGAAGUAGCUGAUUCGCUCAUACUGCUCGCGCGUAAGACUCCUCACUCCCUGCAUCUGCACGAACUCUUCUUUGACUACUAUGACGACCCGUUGCAUCUUUUGUGCUCUUCGCCUCGAAAGCCCUCUGUCUGCAUCACAGGGUCGGGAUAUAGGGCAUGUCAACCCCCCGUGUGGAUUGGAAUUACGCGGAUGCCCGUCUAUGGAGAAGUCAGUAUCGGCGACCUCACGGCCAACUUCGAUUCGUACACUCAUUUCGUCCUGACUAUGCGGCGUGCUUAUGUCUUCCGCUGGCCCCUUUCCAUGACCGUCGACCGGCUUACUUUCAGCGACGACGAAACCGACCAUACCGUGGGAUAUAUAACCAAUCCCGCUCAGCUUGGGGCUGACUACAUCUCGGUGUUGAAUUUGUAUCUCGAUGACUGUCUCAAACAUGCUCUCAAUAAUGGUUUCCACAACGAGGAUUUUCUCUCGCCUAUCACCGUUCUAGACAUCCUAAAUGUGCAGAUCAAUGCCCCCAGCAUCCUGCAUAUUACCACCGUAUUCUCGGACUUGCUCUGU